AAGCUAUGCCCCAGACGUUUGUCUUCUCCAGCAUACUUACACCCAGCUGUAGUGGACAGGGGCAGCCCAGCAUGGGGGAGUGCAGCAGCAAGGGUGGCAGCAUUGGCUCCAGAGACCUCAUCUUCCAAGAUGGACACCUCAUCUCUGGGUCCCUCGAGGCCUUGAUGGAGCACCUGGUCCCCACGGUGGACUAUUACCCCGAUAGGACGUACAUCUUCACGUUUCUGCUGAGCUCCCGCAUCUUCAUCCCUCCUCAUGAUCUGCUGGUCCGGGUGGAGCAGAUCUGCCUUGAGCAGAGGCAGCAGCUGGAAGCAGGCCCUGACCAGGCCACGCUGAAGUCUUUCUCAGCCAAGAUUGUGCAGUUCCUGAAGGAGUGGACUGAGACCUUCCCUUAUGACUUCCAGGAAGAGAAGGCCAUGGCCAAGCUGAAGGCCAUCACUCACUGUGCCACUCAUUGUGAUGAGGAGAAUGGCACUGUGAAGAAAGCCAUCACCCAAAUGAUGCAGAAUCUGCUGUUGUCCCUGGCCACCCAGAGCCAGUUGCAGGAGUUCUGGGAGAAGUUCCACUCACUAGCCAUGGACAGAGGGCCUGUCCUCAAGGCCAAGCCACCAGCUACCCAGAAGGACAUCCUGAGCGUGUGUUGUGACCCCCUGGUGCUGGCCCAGCAGCUGACCCACAUUGAGCUGGAGCGGGUCCACAAUAUCCACCCGGAGGACCUGAUGCAGAUCCUCAGCCACAGGGAAUUCCUGGACAACCAAAGGUGCCAAGGGGACCAGACAAAGACCUACAGCCUGGAAGCCUAUGACAAGUGGUUCAACUGCCUCAGCAUGUUGGUAGCCACUGAGGUGUGCCGGGUGGUGAAAAAGAAGCAAAGGACCCGCACGGUGGAGUUCUUCAUUGAUGUGGCCAGAGAGUGCUUCAACAUUGGGAACUUCAACUCUAUGAUGGCCAUCAUCUCUGGAAUGAACCUCAGUCCUGUGGCACGGUUGAAGAAAACUUGGUCCAAAGUGAAGACAGCCAAGUUUGAUAUCCUGGAGCACUACAUGGACCCAUCCAGCAACUUCUGCAACUACCGCACAGCCCUGCAGGGGGCCACACAGAGGUGCCAAAUGGCCCACAGCAGUCGCGAAAAGAUUGUUAUCCCUGUAUUCAACCUCUUCUUGAAGGACAUUUACUUCCUGCAUAAAAUCCACACUAAUUGCCUGCCCAAUGGGCAGGUGAACUUCAAGAAAUUUUGGGAGAUCUCCAGACAAAUCCAUGACUUCAUGACAUGGACACAGGUUGAAUGUCCCUUUGAGAAAGACAAGAAGAUUCAGAACUACCUGCUCACAGCACCCAUCUACAAUGAAGAAGCUCUUUUCAUCGCCUCCUUUGAGAGUGAAGGUCCUGAAAACCACAUGGAAAAGGACAGCUGGAAGACCCUCAGGUAG